AUGGAAUCGAAAUCAAUGACAAUCAGCACUAAAAUAUAGCAGUCCAAUUAUUCUGCAUUAUCUAAUCUACCCAGACACAUUAUUAAUUAAAUUAAAAAUGAAGGUGAAUUAUAUAUUACAGCACCUAACAAAUGUGCAAAAAUCUGGAUAGAAAUGAGAAAAAAUGAUUUUGUGACAGAUGCUCAACUAAACUUUACAAUUGCGCAAAGAAUAUUUGAAGCGUGUAGAAGUGAGAUCGUACAAUUACUGAAACUGUAAAAUGAAAAAGAUUUCUUUGAGCUCUUUGAUUAAGAUAAUGAUGGAAUUUUAAAUGAGGACGAACAGAUUCUAGUGUUUUCAGCUAUCAAAGAAAAAAUGCAUUAGGUAGCAACUGCUUUGUUGAAAAUCCAAGAAUACAUAUUAUUCAAACAGUUGAUGAAAGAAUUGAGAACUUUAGAAGCUAACAUAGCAGCUUAUCAAAAUUAAUUGAGAUAACGUAUUUCAAUCAAAGAAAGAUAGGUGUACAAGGAAAUAGGAUAAGAAAAGUUGGAUGAUUUUUAUGAUAAAUACUAUUAAGAAUUCUAAUAACUAACAAAGUAUAAAGUUGAUAGAAGAGCAUAAUUAAAAAUAUCUUAAGAAAAAGAGUUAGGAAUAUUGGAGGAUCGACUCUCCAAAGAUACUGAAUUGAUGAAAGUUAAACCAAAAAAAAAGUUGAAGGAUCUACAAACUCAAGAGAAGUUGGUUAGUCUGGAGGAAAGAGUAGAAGAAGCACUAGACUUUAGAAAAGAAUUGAAAGACUUAGAGAAACACGAAUAAGAUAGAGUGUACAAAGUAUAGAAAUAUCGUAUUGAAAAAUAACACAGUGAUUUGUUAUUUAAAUAACAGAAAGAAAGGGAAUAAUUAGAGGGUAAACUAUAAGAAACUGAGUAUAAAUUAAUCAUACAAAUGAAAAAGGACUAUGAUGUUUUACUUAAGCAAAUCAAUCUACAUAAUAAUGAAAUCACAAGAAUUUAGAGUCAAGCCUCGAAUCAGGCUAUGAAAAAAGGAUUGUAUGAAGGAGAAGCUAAGAGAUAGAAGGUUUAAUCUUAAUUAUAAAAUGCUAUCAUUGCCUAAACUAAGGCCAUAAGCCAACCAGAAUCCAAAAUCAAUGAUCUAGAUCAAUUUCAUGAAUCUGAAACCAUUCGAAAAUUGGAAUCUCGAAAGAGUCUCCAAUUUGCAGGUUCUCCUGGUAAAGCUGUGAUUUCAGAGGAGAGUGAAAAAAGUCCAAUGGGUUCUGCCUUCAAUGGAAAAACAAAGAACUUUUAUCAAAUCAGAAAAAUUAUCAAGGAUUCUAAAAACAUCACUCAAUUUUAUAUUAAAAAGAACUACGGUGCUGAUUUACCAGUUAAUUUUGUUAGAAGUGCACAUAACAUCUAAGGUGAUUAACAUGAAAAAAUAGAGAGAUUUCUUUCUGUUAAACGUAAAUCUUAGCAUGAGCUUCUACCACCAAUCACUUAAUUGUAUGACGAUGACUUGCAAGAAAAAUAAAUCAAGGCAAUAACAAAGACCGAUCAAGAAAUAAAAAGAGAAAAGGCCCUUAAGAGAGCAUUUAUUAAUGAAAAAUUAUUUAGAAAUGAUUGA